AUGAAUUCAAAUAAUACAACCGAAUUGUCUCAUGUAGACGAAAGCUUAUCUAGAUGGAUGCCUCCACGAUUAUCUACCCUUUUAACAGAUGAAUUCGAAGGAAACGCAAGUCCUCCAAGAGAAGGUCGCGCCGAUCGUCUCGUGAUAUUUCACUUUAUGAGACAUGGACAAGCAUAUUCCAAUGUCGGGGAACUUAACAAUCGUGGCCAGCUUCGAGAUCCAAAGCUCACAUUUGACGGCAUACGGCAGUGCGAACUAGUGAGAACAGUUCUCAACUCCAACCGCAACAUUAAGCAGAUCUAUUGUUCUCCAAUGAUCCGAACAAUUGAAACAGCCUUGAUUACAUUCAGAGAUGUAAUGAAGUUUUCGAUGAAAAAGUCUGCUAUUCAGGUCACGGCCUGGGAUGCAAUUCGUGAAUGGGGCUCCAUCCCUUGUUGCACAGGUACUCCACUAGCCAAGCUUCAGGAAAAGUUUGGCCACGAAAUAGACUUCAGUCUCAUCAAGCCUGGUUGGGAGUUCAACGAGGAGAAACACCGAGACAGAUCUCGGGCCGAUGAGGUCAAGCAAUUGCUCUUCAAAAUUGCUCGGAAUGUGCAAGAGUUGACUCGUCGUGGCUUGAUAUCUGAUAUCAGAGACGGUGACUUUUUGACACGUGGCACAUAUUAUGUGCCAUACGAGAUAGCAAUUGUAUCUCACGGCGGAUUUUUGGAAACAAUGCUGGCGGCAGAACUAGGUGGCAGAGCCUCUGAAUUCCCAUAUAGGAAUUGUUUCCACAAUGCGAAUAUGAAGUCUUUCUCUUUCGAAACCAUCAGUGGUCCCGAUGGCGUCCGAUACGAACUGACUGAAACAAAAGAGAGUAAGACGCGAAAAUACUCUCGUGGCCCAAUCCACCUCGGCUAG